GACUUACGUGCACUUUAUAGGUAUGGUGUGUGUUUGACCUGACGCGCUAAAGGAAUCUCUUUCUGCUCCUCCCAAGAGCUCGUCCAGGUUUCUAACAUAUCAAUGGUGUAGACCGGCUGCAUCGAGAACCCGCUGUAGAGACAAACAUCACCGAGUUGGGGCCAUGGAUUCGGAUUCGGAUUACGAAGUGGAAUUUCUCACCAACGCACUCCAGCAAACGCAAGGUCACGUGCGACAGGAAUUUCACGGCCAAGGCGGAUCUCCGCGGUCCGAGAAUGAUUCCGCUGAAGAAGAGGGCGAUCACCACACUUCGCCGCCGGCCAAACGAGUCAAGGUCUGCAGGCCCCACCCAGGCAUUCUCCCGCCGGAUGAGGAGAUCCCUUCCACCCGGGUGGCCUCUUCUUCGUCCUAUUCGAAUUCUUCUUCCGACUCCGAAGUCACUCCCCCGCCCACACCGGAAAACCCCGUUCAGACUCCCAUUCUGCAUUCUCAACUUGACCAUGGCCAUGUCACCCGAUCCCAAGCUCGUUCCGAGUUGAGCCAGCCUAAUAGUCGGGGGCGGGGCAGGGUACGCGGAGGGCUGAGAUCACGCCGAACAGACAUGGCCUUGUCCAGAUUGCGGCUAGAGCGAAUGGAACGCUUGAACCGCCACCGUGAUUUGGAGGUGGAUGAGAAGACGGAUAGGGAGGAAACCGAAGACGGCGACGCUGAUGGGCAAAUGGUGUGCCAAGGCUCUCAAUCCUUUGAAAUGAAAGUGCGAUGGCGACACGCCAUUAUUCGGGACAUGGUGGAUCGGAACGACACCUUUGCCGACAUCCUCGAGCGAUUAGCCCUCAAGAUCGAUAUCCCUGUCCGCGGACUUCAAUUGCGAUUAGAUCCGGACAUUUUGAAACCCUCGGAAACCAUUGCCUCGAGACAUGUGGGCGUGGCUAGUAUAUUAUCGCUAGAAGUGGCCCCAUCCAUGCUCAAAGAUUCGUUUGAUGAUUUUAAUAAUCAAGAUCUCAUAGAGCUCAAAUGUCAGGCCAGCGAUCGACGCUCGACAGUUAUGAUCAAGUUGGGUCCCCAAGACCCAAUGAGUAGGCUGAUGGAAAAAUAUUCCGAGCUCAAAAAGUGCCCGCUCAACACAUUCCGCUUCACUUUGGAUGGCCAAGACUUGAACGACGACGAUACGCCUCUCUCGUUGGAUUUAGAGGGCGGGGAAUGCAUCGAUGUCAUACCCGUCUAACUCAACGCAUUGGCUUGUCCUUCCAAAUGAUAAAUCAAUUCUUUAUUGUGAUCUCA